CUAUUAACUAAUAGUGAAUUGUUGAUUAAUAAAACUUGCUAGACGACAACAAUAUAAUAUAGAAAUAAUUAAUAAACAAACAAAAUUAUUUACAUCAUUUAAUUAAACAACAUUUAGAAAAAUAAAAAGAACAAAAAGCCCAAAUCAGCCCACUUGGUAUCGGUAUUAAGUCGGUAUACCGGCUCGAAAACAUAAUCUCAAUGCAUUAACCGGUAUUCGGUAUACCGGUAUUAAUACCGGAUACCGACUAUUCGGUAUUCGGUAUACCGGAUAACAUUUGGUAUCGGUAUUCGGUGGGUACACUGUCUGGUUCCGGUAUACCGAAUACCGGCUAAUCGGUAUCCGGUAUACCGGAUACCGACCGAUUACCAGCCCUAGAGAAUUUUGUGGAUUCUUUUAUUGUUGGGAAAGAUAGUUUGUCUUUGGAAGAUGUCAGAUCUGCUCUACAUACUAGAGAGGUGCGACAUAAGGCGUCUGGUUCAGAUUCAGAAAAUCAGGCAUCUGAGUUGGCUGCUACGAGUAGUAGGAGACAACAAUCUGGUAAUAGGAAGACGAAUACAAAUUCGAAUUCUGUUGGUUUGAAAGAUGAUAUCUGUCAUUACUGUAAGGAGAAAGGACAUUGGAAAUUUGAUUGUCCUAAACUAAAGAAAUGCAGGAGAAGAAGGGAGCAUCUGCUGCUGUGGCGGAAGAAACUAACUCUGAUCUUGAAGAUUGUGUAGCCUUAGCAGUGAAUGAGCAGGUGCAUCAUCAGGAUGUGUGGUAUUUAGAUACUGCAGCUGAUUAUCAUAUGUGUCCAAGCAGGUAGGGAUGGCAAAAAUAUCCGUAACCGUGGAUAUCCGCCCGAACCCGGUCUAAUUGGGUAGGGUAAAACCCGAACCCGAAGGACAUUUAGUGGGUACGGGUAAAACCCGAACCCGAAUAUUGCGGGUAAAGGGUGGGCAUGGGUUUCUCAGUAUCCAACCCGAACCCGCCCGAUUAUACACAUACAUAUGUAUUUUGUCUAGAAAUAAGUCAUUAUUUUUCUCUAACAUAUUUUAUAUUUAGCAUAUAAAUAUAAUAUUUUCAUGAAAUUGUGUUGUAUUAAUAAAUUUUCUUCAUUCUAGUGAAUUAUUGUCAUACUUUUCCUCUUGCAUAAUGUGAGAAUACGUGUGAAUGUUAAUAUAUUAGUUGGAGUUAUGAAGAGAAAUCAUUACCCAUGGAUAGCCGUGGAUACCCGAAACCCGAACGGGUAUGGACAUGGUUUUAAUUUUCUACUCGUUUCAUAUGUGGGUAUGGGUAUGGGUAAAACCCGAACUACUUUGGGUAGGGUAACGGAUAUGCACUAUCCGUCCCCGACCCGACCCAUUGCCAGGGAGUGUUUUUCAACUUAUGAGCAGAUAGAUGGAGGACAUGUUUCUAUGGCCAAUGGUGCUAUCUGUAAGAUUGUUGGAAGAGGCUCUGUCGGGAUGAGGACACAUGAUGGUUUUGUUCGCACCUUGAACAAUGUUAGGCAUAUUCCAAAGAUGACUAAGAAUCUGGUAUCUUUGAGUCUACUCGACGACAAGGGUUUCAGUUUCAAAGGUGAAAGUGGAGUGUUGUCUGUAUACAAAGGUUCUAAGGUGAUUCUGAACGGUGUCAAGGUUGGUGCCUUGUAUGGUCUACACGGUUCUAUUUUGACAUGUUCUGUUGGUGAUGAGUGCAUCAAGCUGCAUCUGAACGACAAGUUUCAACAUGGGUUGGACUUGCCGAAUGGUUUGAGUUGUUGACCGCCCUUAGUGGCAUUUGGAGGCAGGGGAGAUUCUGGUGCAGCUGAUUUGGAGGAGUUGGAUACAUCUGGCAACUUUGGUUGCGUCUGGUACAUCUGGUAUUUGACAGAGAAUUCAAGUCAAUGUGGAGAUUGUUAGGAUAUGACUUGAAUUUGAUUUGAGUUUGUUUUGUGUUUGGGCCUAUUUUGUUUGGGUUUGGGUUUGUGUUUUGGCUUUGUUUUGGCCAUUUCCUUGUAGGUUUGGGAAAGGUGUUUGGUUUUCUGUUUGGGAUUAGGAGAAGAGUUCUAUAAAUACUCUUCAUCACCCUAGUCUGUAGUAAGGUCAGUCGGGUUAGUUUGUUUGGUUUGUCCGUUUCGGAAUUUGGUUUGUAACCUGUACACUCCUGAAAUUAGUGAAAUUUGUUCUCCCCUGCCUGUGGAUUAGCUAGCACACAUUGUGUUAGUGAACCACGCUAAAUUUGUGUUCGUUCGUGUUGGUUUGGAUUAUCGAUUGCACGCUUCUGUUAUGACAGUAAAGCAUGGAUAAAAUCGGAAUCUAUCGAUCAUGAGUGUUAGAAAAUGACUCGAUGCCUCUCGAUCGAACUCAAGGGUCCUUAUAUGUAACGGUCAAGUGGCAAAUCACUGUGUUUGAAUCUAUUCGUUAUUAUAACAAACACGACGACGAACCAUCUAAAUCAAACUAUAAGUCGUACAAUGAUAUUUACAAAAAGAAAGAAACCCUCAACUUCUAAACCAUUGCACUACUUCAGUACCCUUUCUGUUCUUGAUCACUCUGCAUAACCUGGAAAUCCAUCAGCUUUGUAUCCAAGGAAUCAUUAGAAAGUGGUGGAAGAAAGAACGACAGAUCCAUGGGAGUAUAAAAAGUUUCUUUUUAUUGUCCUUUUGUGAUUGGUGCUUAUUGAUUUAAUCCACCUCCACACAACUUGAGAGAGGGUUUUUUUUUUCCCACAUUGUUCUUGUCGGAAAUCUCUCCGGACAGAAUAAUGCUCUGUUUGUUUUGUUUCUAUACGUUAAAACUCCAACUCCGAGAGAUUCCCAUUGUUCCCGCCGCCGCCGUCCCAAAACAUCUCCGCCACCGCAGCCGCUCCCUCCUCCGCCACCUCCAAACAAAACAAACCUCUUCUCCUUGUAUAUAUAUCCUCCCGUCGCUCCCUGCAACUCUCACUUGUCUUCGGAUUUCGAUCUCUCUUUUCUUUCGGUUUCUCCCCAAUCUGUUCCAGCUGGUAAGCGCUUCUUACUUCUAUCGUCUCUGUAACCACCGUUUCUUCCCGUCGAUUCACUCAGACGAGUACAGUUUCUGAAAAAUGUGUGUGUUUGUUGUGUGCUUAUCUAGAGAUUGGUAAUUUCGUUUCAAUUCAACACAUUUAUGUUUGUUUGUUCGAUAUUGAGAAGUGUGCAUUAGGUACGUAGUUCCAUAUCUGUUCGCUAAAUGUCGUCUUUAAAAUGAUUUUUCAUAUCUUUCUGCAAAUCGAUCGUUAAAUUUAUCCUCUUGCACUUUUAACUUUCCUCCUCCCAAUUUAACUCCAACACCACCAAGCUUCCGUUGGCCAUUGUGGCUUGUGUGUUAGUUAAGCUCAUGCAACUGCAAUGUCUCCGGUUCAAAUCUUCGGUACUAUCUCUCUCUAAGUUACCACCUCCAACUCCUUUUCAAUUUAAGCCACUCCUUCCAACCAAGUCUCGGUGUUGUUUGAAACCGACAACACGACGACGAAUUCAACAAAAAUAUUAGGUUUGAUUAUGGUUGAACCAAAAUCAGUAUUCGGUUUGACAACGAAAACACAAAAAGCCAGGUGGUUUCUGUCAAACCUUACUUCAGUUAUGUCAUGGUCAUUCCCAAUACAAGAUUUUGGCCCAA